CGCCUGUCAGGGAGGGCGGCGGGAUGGCGGCGCUUUAUGCUUGUACCAAGUGCCACCAGCGGUUCCCCUUCGAGGCGCUCAGCCAGGGACAGCAGCUUUGUAAGGAAUGUCGGAUUGCACACCCGAUUGUUAAAUGUACCUACUGUAGAACUGAAUUCCAGCAAGAGAGUAAAACCAAUACAAUAUGCAAGAAGUGUGCUCAGAAUGUGAAACUUUAUGGGACGCCAAAGCCGUGCCAGUACUGCAACAUAAUUGCAGCAUUUAUUGGCAAUAAGUGCCAGCGGUGUACGAACUCUGAGAAGAAAUACGGGCCGCCCCAUUCAUGUGAGCAGUGUAAGCAACAGUGUGCCUUCGACAGGAAGGAUGAUAGGAAAAAAGUGGAUGGGAAGUUACUCUGCUGGCUUUGUACACUCUCCUAUAAGCGAGUGCUACAGAAGACCAAAGAACAGCGCAAGCAUUUAAACACCUCCUCUCGGACAAGCCUGCCGGAAAAGGAGCAAUAUGGCCGACUUAACUGCAGCAGCCACUACAACAGCCAGAAAACCUUAUCUACAUCUUCUAUUCAGAAUGAACUGCCAAAGAAAAAACCCAAGUUUGAUGCCAUAUCAGCCAAUGGGGACAGUUUUUCUCCAGACCUUGCCUUGGAUUCCCCUGGCACCGAUCAUUUUGUCAUCAUAGCCCAGCUGAAGGAGGAGGUAGCUACUCUGAAGAAAAUGCUGCACCAGAAGGAUCAGAUGAUCCUGGAGAAAGAAAAGAAGAUAACAGAACUGAAGGCUGACUUGCAAUACCAGGAAUCGCAGAUGAGGGUGAAAAUGAACCAGAUGGAAAAAACUCACAAAGAAGUUACAGAACAGUUGCAGGCCAAGAACCGAGAGCUCCUGAAACAAGCUGCAGCUUUAUCCAAGGGCAAAAAACCCGAGAAAUCAGGAGCAAUAACUUCACCUUAAAUUCAGUAAAGUCUCCUGCCCCAAGAUGUUUGGGGCUGCAACCCCAUUGUUCCAGAACCACACUUGGAUUGAUACUGUUAUGGACAUGACAGAAUCCUUUGAGAGUGGCUAUUCAAUAGAAUGCACCAGUGCUGGUUUAUAAAAUCUCCUCCUGUCAUAGUACAGUGAUGAGAAUGAUUGGAGGGCUUGAUUCCCACCCCCAAGCCUAUCCUCCAAGCUCAUGAACAAACACUUUCAGCUCAAUCAUUUCUCUCCAUCUAUUUUACCAUCACUGCCUUGGGAUUGACGAAGCAAGAAGGCCUGCAUGCAAAUCGGAUCUUUUACAGGAUUCUGCUUUUAAACUUCACAGGAGACCUAAAGUGGCAAGAGCCAGUUUUAAAACUAUUUUUAAAGCAUUUUAAAGUGAACAUUCUGCUUAUUUGGGGAUGUGUGUGCUACUCUGUUCUUGAGGACAGUUUGAGAUCUUUUCUCUUAGGUUUGCAAAAUUGAGGAUGGAGUUUCAGUCAGCAAUUGUCUCUCUAGCUUCUAAAAAUUCAAGAGUUUCUUGGCAGAACAGCUGAAUAUACUCAUGUGGAGACCAGAGGUUAUGAAUUAAUGCUUUAUUCACUUUUUUAUGCUUAUUUAGGUAACUCUGCUUUUUAGGCUGGUUGAACAGCUCCUUUUUAUCAUUUAUUCUGUUUGGAGUGAUGCCAGAGAUCAGAAGUAGGCUACAACUACUUUUCAGGUAGAUGAGAUGAAUUCAGCUAGUAACAAACGUACAACUAUGCAGUUUUUCUGAAGAACACAAAAGAAAAUAACCAUUUUGACUACCUUGGCAGCAGGAUAAAAGGAAUUGGGGGAAUGCUGAAACUGGAGGACAAAGAUUUUCUGAAAUGUUGAUAUAAAAGGAAAAGACACCCUCAGGUCAAGUUUAUGUGGCUUGCAAGAAAAUGAGACUGCUCUGAGUGCUGAUAGAGAACCCUAAUGCCUGUAAGCAUAGAGAUGAAAAGAAUUCAAUGACUUUUUGAGCUUGUUGAAUUUCCUGGGAAAUGGUAAGUGCUAAAAUGCAAUGAGAAUCUAGUUUGUUUUCAGUUUGCCCUAGGCUGAUGAAAUGGGGUGGGGUGGGGGGAAGAAAGUCAUUGCAAAGAAAUGCCUCACUCAGCAAUUUGAGAUGAGAAAACCCCCUUUUUAUAAGAGAAGAACCCUGUGCUGCUGUUGAGUUUCCAAUGCCUGUCCUUAAAAAGGAAGACCUCCAAACCUUGAAUGUGGAAGCAUGCAGGAACUGAUAUUCUACUGCAGGUUAUUUAUUUUGUAAUCUUGUGUGCUUUUUUUAAGACUUGGUAUGUUAAGAAUCCAUUGCCUAGGAAGGAGCAUAUUAAAUAGAACCUAAUUUUUAUACGUAAUAUAUUUUUAGGAAGAACUGAUCCAUAGAGAUUUAAAUAGGUUGUUUUUUAGGAAUCCCCCCCCCCAUUAAAAGGAGAAUGAUAUUUCUGAUACAUUGAGCCUUUUUUUUUUCUUAAUUGUGACAAUUCAAUCAUGCAUUAAAGUGGGUGCUUUACAGUGAUGCUGUUUUUUCUAUGUUUAUCACAUAGAUUGUAUUAAAUUGAUUUGUACAAAAGACAUGUUAAAAUAUGCAUUUGGGGAGGAGGAAUCUACUUUUGUUUUGAUAUUCUGUGUAUGCCUUUCUGGGUUGGUUCAGCAAAGAUAAGCCGUUUUCUUUCUCCCUGAACUUGGGCCUGGUUUAAGCAUUUGCCAUCUGCAUGAAGCACAAGAGCUUCUGGUGCUAUGCUGGAAUUUACUGUCUGUAGCAAAUGAAACAUCAUUUUCUGUAAUUAGGGUUUAUUCUUCAGCAUGUCCUCUUAAAUCUUUGUUCCCUAUCACUGUAACUAUUACUGCUUUAAAAUGACAAGGGCUUCUUGGGGUUUUGUUUAAUAGAUCUAAUGAUUUUCUACCUGCACUAUAGUUGAAAAGUCUCUCAGUUUGACUUAUAACAAUGAUGUUUCCUGCUCAGCAUUCUCCCCCCAUCAUCCAGAGUGAUAUUUCAUGAAUGAAAUGGAUAGCCCUCCCUAUGA